AUGACCAAGAAACUCAGUAGAGCUAAUAGAGUGAAACGGGCAAAUAACACUAGUUCAGAACAGCUUUUCACGGAUUUACCUGAUAUACUGGAUAGCGCGAGCGCUAGCUUUGCAACUCAAGUAGCCAGGGCUUCUGAAUUGGCGGAGUCCGAUCGCGAGUCUAUCUUCAUGCUCUGGGAAAUGAACAUGAAGGCGCUGUAUAUGAAGUCCACGUCUUUACACUUCAAUCCCGAAGAAAAGCGGCAAGAGCUCUUUCAUUCCGACUCCCGCUUUAUCCUUUAUCGACUCUUGGAUUCUCAAAUGAUAGCUGCGUAUACUAUGUUCAGGUUUGAUUUCGAAGAGGACGAGCUCGUACUGUAUUGCUAUGAGCUUCAGGUCUCUCCAGACUUUCGGAGGCACGGCCUUGGACGCUCUCUCAUGAGCAUGCUAUUGAUUCUGAAGCAGCGAUGGUCAAUGGAGAAAGUCAUGUUGACGGUCUUCAAGGCGAACGAGCCUGCUGUUGCGUUUUAUCAGUCCACGGGUUUCACGCCUGAUCCAAUAUCGCCUGAAUGGGAGGAUGAAGAGGAUUAUGUCAUCAUGUCGCAUAGCGGCACUGUCUGA